AUUCCGUUGACAUUGCUGAGGAGGAGGAGGAGGAGGAAGAGGGGACUGGCGUUACCAAACCAAAGGUUUCAGUGAAGGGAGCCGCAGUCCGGUGGCCCCCCGCUUCUAGCUGCUGAUACUCGGAGCACCGUGGAGCCAUGUACCGGCGGCCGCUGCAGUCCGCCCUCCGGAGCCUCUUCACCGGGUCGGCGACCAGAGGAGCCCCGGGGAAGGUUUUAGAUCAAGAAGCAGGUUUUGCCAGAGCUUUAGCAGCCUGCCAACUGGCCAGAGUCUCCUCUCCCAGUUUAACACCGUGUCGGACAGUGCACAUGACCCCACAGGUAACACACACACAGCUCUACAAUGUGAAGGAGACGCCCCAGCACACGGAGGAAGAAGUCGGGGCCUUCACGAAGCUCAUCGAGGCCAUGGGCUUCACUGGACCUCUCAAAUACAACAAAUGGAAAAUCAAGAUUGCUGCUUUGCGCAUGUACACGUGCUGCGUAGAGAGAAUCAAUUACGACGAUUUCUUUGAAAAGUGCGCCCUCCCCGACACACUCAACUCGUGGUUCUUGGUAGCGCAGCUGCACGUGUGGAUGUGUUUGGUUCGGAUGCGUCAGGAGGGCAGAGCAGGAAAGUACAUGUGCCGUUACAUCGUCCACUCCAUGUGGGAGGAUGUGGAGCAGAGGAGCAAAAUACUGGGGGUCGAUGCCACCCAUAGAAAGGAAGCGACGAAAGCGAUGACGGAGACGUUCUACGCAGCGAUAUUUGGAUAUGAUGAGGGAAUCCUGUCUGAUGACUGUGUGCUGGCUGCAGCUCUCUGGAGAAACCUGUUCAAUCGUGAGUGUGAGGACCCCCGGCAGCUCGAGAUGAUGGUGGAAUACGUACGCAAACAGAUGCAGUACAUCGACGCUCUGGACGGGGAGGACCUGCUGCUGACGGGAGAGGUGAAGUGGCGCCCUCUGGUGGAGGAGAACGCACAGAGCAUCCUGAAGGUGGCCACGCCCACCUACAACGACACCGGACUGUGAGACGAAGACUCCCGUUUCCUCUCAUCCAAAGUCCUCUUCUCCUGACCCGCCUCUCUCUAUCCCGUCUCCCCCCCUUCCUCUCUCUCUCUCCUCCUGUAAUCAUGCGACGCUCCCUUCCCGUCGUUAUCAGGAGGGAUUUUAAAUUUGACAUGACGUCUGUUGCCGUAGUUUCUUUGUUCUCCUCUCGUACACUUCCUCCUCUCCUCCUCCGUCUGUUUCUGGAGGGACAGUAUAGUCAGUCAGGGAUUUAUUUCACACACCUUCUCGUACGCCCGAUCGAUCAGCCAGUCCAAACAACAGGAAAUGCCAUGCAUCAUCUUCAUCUUCAUCAUCCUCCGCCGUCGCCCCGUCCGGUUCUGAGAGCCUCCGCCGCUUCCUCUCUGCAAACUGUUGAACGAGAAGAGAACGCGACACUCUGUAUUUAUAUUUUUCUGUAUUUUUUCCACGAAUGCCACGCUGUAUUUAUACGGUAUUUUGUACGAUGUACCUCCAUGUUUACACUCUUCCUCCCGCAGAGCUGCGAGCUCAGACCUCCGUCACCUCCGUCACCUCCUUCACCUCCUCCACUGUAAACGGGUGGAGAGAACCUGUCUGUGUCAGAGGUCUGCAGCUCUCCCUCUCUGCUCCGGUCUCUCUGUACGGUUGCAACUGUUGGUCCCUCUCUUCUUCCCGCGGCGCUCUCAGACCCGAACAGGAAGCGGCGUGGACGUCACCGCUGCUCUAAAAGCAAUGAUAAAGUUUUUAAGAAGUGAAUUAAUAAAAUGUUCUCUGGAUGUAUAAAACCA